UUGAUCCUAUUUAGAUCAUUCUAGUCCAUCUCCCUCCUUCAUUCUCAUCUCAUUUGUCCAGUCUCUGCUAAGAUCAUACAGAGAGAGAGAGAGAGAGAGAGAGAGAGAGAGCAGCUAGCUUCUUCUGUAGUUAUAUCUUCUGCAACAUGGGCGAUUCUUCAUCUGCUUCAUACAUCCACAUGGUACACCACCUGAUCGAGGAGUGCAUCAUCUUCAACAUGAGCAGAGAAGAGUGCAUGGAAGCCCUCUCCAAGCAUGCUAAUAUAAAACCCAUUGUUACCUCCACAGUUUGGAAGGAGCUGGAGAAGGAGAACAAGGAGUUCUUUGAGGCCUACACAAACAGUAGAGUAGCUGCAAGUGAAACCAAAAUGGAGAGAAAGCUUAGAAUCCAGAAGAUGAUUUCGAGUCAUCUUUCUCAAACAGACGCAGACGACAACAGCAGCUGUACCAGUACUACCACCGAGUCCGAUGACUAGUAAUUUGCAUGUAUUUGAAAUUUGAUCCAGACAACUGAGACAAGCUAUAUUUUCAAAUGACCUUUCGGCCUUGCUAGCUAGAUCGAGAGCCGUUAGAUAUUAUCAUAUGUAACAUCAGCAUAAAGGUAGUAAGCUAAAAGUGUAGAAGUCCAUGUAGCUGGCUUUAGAUCGAUUGAUGUAAGGCAAAAGGCAGAAGAGGCCGGCAGAUACGACGUCGUGGGUACUUAUCAGUCGUAGUAAUUAAGCAUUUGUUGUUUUGGGCUUUUGGCUGCCGUAUAAUCUGGUGGUCAUGAAUAGUAGUUGGUAAAUGUGAUUCUGUGGCUAGGGUACUACACGUGGCGUUAACGUGGCGCUGCCCGCUGUGCUCGAAUUGGCUUCCAUUGUGUGUAUAUAUGUGUCGCUCAUG